CGUCUCUUGGAACCAACCUAUUCGGCUACAACCACCACACCUGCCUCAUGUGCAUUGUGGUGAUCAUAACAUAACCGGGUUAACUACACCAAUCAAUAUGUCGAGCCCCUACUCGAUGGCUAGUCCAUGUUAUUCGUCGGAUGAUGAUGGGAGAGGAACCCCGGAUCGUGUGUUUAAGGAGCCUGAAUAUCCUGUUGUAAUUGUGGACCAAAAAUAUUGUUCUACUUACCCAGUGCAGUUAGUAUUUGAAAAGAACCAUGACUCGGAAGACAAGUUCAAGAUCAGCGACGAUGAUGGAAAUGUUAUAUUUAAAGCCAAGAAGAAGAAGAAUGGUUUUCGCGAAAUGGUAGAUGAGUCGGACACAACGAUCAUCUCGUUCACCACAAAGCACAUCAGUGUGCAUAGAAGACGCCAAGCUUACAAAGGAGACCACCAUGAGCACCACAGGCUCUUCACCGUAAAGAAGACAAGAGGUCACAAGUCGUUUCGAUUCGAUGUUUACAUGGCUUCCAAUAUGACCGAAAGCACUUUCAAUUACCGAGUUUAUGACAAUUAUAAAGAUGGAACAUCGAUAAUAUUCGCUCAAGAUAAAGUUACAGUUCUUGCCCAGUUGCAUACUCAAGUUACUCGUCAGAAGACAGAGAAACCUGAAGAUAAAUUUUCGGUGUCUGUAUCUCCAAACGUCGAUAAAGCUUUUGUUUCGGCACUUCUUAUUAUUCGAGAAGAGGUUAAGAGGUCAAGGCGUAAAGGCUAUGAAAGCUGAGUGUAGAGCUCACACCGUUUUGGUCCUCCUUCGAUCAUCAUACUAAACAAUAUGUAUUUUUGUUUCAUAUAAUUUUUUUAGUAUUAUAUUUCGCAAAGCAAUGGAACAUUGUUCAAACUAUUUCUUUCGGUCCGUGUUGAACACUUGUUGUUUU